AAUAGUUUCCCCUCCUCUACCUUUCCUCCUAAUAUAUAUGUACACAUUAGUGUUGAUUGUCGAUAAGCAGCUGCUGUCUCGUUCGCAUCCAUUUUGUUGAUGCAACUUAGCUGUAGCUGCUGGAGAAAUAAAGAGGUCAGAGACAAGAGUGAAGUGUUUCAUCGGUGUGGCGUGAAAACUUUUGCCUGAUCUAUUUCUGAAGCAAGGAAGGUUUUUAGUAUAAUUGUUAACUUUUAUAUGAGUAGUAAUUAGGUUAUUGUUUCCUGUUUUGAGGGGCUUUUAGACCUCCUCUUCCUCUAUUCUUAAAGCUAAGCUAGCUAGUGAGCUAUGCCAACAAAACCCCAGGACCCAAGAAGCACUGUUUCUUUUGCAGGAGUACAUUUGUGUGACCAGUCAGCUCUGCUUCUCUAGUUGGACCCAGCCUUUGCUCCUCUUCCUCAAGGAUCAUGGCCAAAGAUGCUGGUCUGAUUGAAGCCAAUGGGGAGCUGAAGGUUUUCAUUGACCAGAAUCUGAGUCCAGGCAAAGGAGUUUUGUCUUUAGUGACUGUACAUCCACAGUCAGUUGCGCUUGGAAAACAACUUUUGCCAAAAACACUGGGCCCUUCAAAUGUCAACAUUGCUCCUCAGAUGGUCAUUGGGACACCUCAGAGGCCAAGUGGGUCCAACAUGCUCCUAAUGAACAGUCCUCACACACCCAGCUCUCAGUUCAUCACUCAGAGCCAACCUCCCGAUGCCUCUCCAUGGUCCUCAGGGAAAAGAAGUAAGAAGGGGGAAAAGAAUGGGAAAGGUCUAAGGCAUUUUUCUAUGAAGGUGUGUGAAAAGGUACAGAAAAAAGGUGUUACCACGUAUAACGAAGUAGCAGAUGAGCUGGUGGCCGAAUUCAGCUCUGGUGACAACCACAUCUCCCCAAAUGAUGCGCAAGUGUAUGAUCAGAAGAAUAUUCGGCGGCGUGUAUACGACGCUCUUAACGUGCUGAUGGCCAUGAACAUAAUCUCAAAGGAGAAGAAGGAGAUCAAGUGGAUUGGGCUUCCCACCAACUCUGCCCAGGAAUGCCAGAAUCUGGAGGUGGAGAGGCAAAGACGUUUAGAGAGAAUCAAGCAAAAACAGUCACAACUCCAAGAACUAAUUUUACAGCAAAUUGCGUUUAAGAACCUUGUGCAGCGUAACCGUCAAACAGAGCAGCAAACAAACAGACCACCACCAGAAAACUCAGUCAUUCACCUGCCCUUUAUCAUCAUAAACACCAGCAAGAAAACUGUCAUUGACUGCAGCAUCUCCAAUGACAAGUUUGAGUACCUCUUCAACUUUGACAGCACGUUUGAGAUCCAUGAUGACAUCGAGGUGUUGAAGCGCAUGGGCAUGGCAUGUGGCCUGGAGGUUGGCAAGUGCUCUGCUGAAGACCUCAAAAUUGCCAGGAGCCUGGUGCCUAAAGCACUGGAGCCUUAUGUCACAGAAAUGGCACAAGGCCCAAUCAGUAACGUCUACAUGACAGGGACUUCAUCUGCCAAUGGGGGUCGCUAUCAUAUCAGCAGUGAAAGUGGAGCAGAUGGAACAAUGGCCUCCAGCUCUAAUGACUCACACUACAGUGGUUCCAGGGUCGAAACUCCAGUUUCUUACAUGGACGACGACGAUGAUGACGAUGACUAUGAUGAAAAUGAUGAAGAUGACUAACACUCUCAGGCCAUAUAUCUUCCAACAGCUACAAUGAUGGGGUUUAUUGUAUACAUUCAAGCUCCCACUCCCUGCCUGCUACUAGCACACCUUUAAUUUUUCCUCUCUCUUUAUCUUGAAGGGCAUUGAGAAGCAUGGGCUUUAAAGGGGUGUGUUGAUUUCAUCCAGCCCUUACUGCUGUAUGGCUUAGGCUGUUAAAUCACAACACUGUACUCGUGCAGGCACUUGGUCCUGAUAGUUCUGGUUCUCAAAAAAAAAAUGAUGGGACUUUGAGGUUGCAGCACUAUGCCAUCCAGCAUAUGCUGGAAUUAGCAUGAUUUACAAAAGAAACCCCUCUCAGCCAGAAACCAUCCUGCUGUUGGAGAAUGUCUAGUGUGACUUCUGUAUAACAUAGUUAGGCUAUCUGCAUUUGAACAAUUGUGUUUUUUUUUUUUUUUGUUUUUUUUAAUAAAUGUGCUGGCUUCUUCUAAAGAUUCAGAUGGCUGCCACCUCCUAGACUGUAGGUGCAAAGAAUCGACACAGCCAGCUUACCAUUUCGCCCCAUUGGGGCAAAUCUUUGGAUGUAUGGACACUUUUUGUAAGAUUGGAGGAAUUAAUGGCUUUUUUUGUAGAUUGUGUGUGUGAGAGAGUGAGAGUGUGUUUGGCUUCCUGUUAUUCUGUGGGCAGCUGUUGUAGGGAGCUCAGCAAUUUUUUUUCCCUUUGUUGGAGUUUUAGAGGUGCACUGCUCCUGUUGUUCCCUCUUUUGUGUUUUACAACUGACAGUCAUCAGGAAAUCAAAGAAACUUUAUUAUCCAGUGAAAUUUAUAGGAAAUUGAACUUCCGAAGAUUUGUUUCACAUUUCCCCUCCAGGUCAGUAACACUACGGAGUAUGUAUGAUUAUUAUCCCAGUAUGAGGUAUAUAUAUAUUUUUUCGACUCCCCUGGAAAAUGUAAAAAAAAAAAAAAAAAGGUUGUACUGAUUCCACAAAAAUAACUUUUCUGUAAUCUAAUAUAAAUUUGGAAAUUAAAAUAUAAUGUUUUAAAAACAUUGAACUCAAUGUGUUUAUUGGUGACAUUAAUGUAAUAUUACUAAUUACAAUAAACCUUUUAUAUAUAUUUUUCUAUGUGUGUAUUGGUCCUGCUAACUAUUCAAAGAGAAAUGCUUUGUAUGGUGGUAGCUACUAGCAUUGAAAUAUGAACUGAUUGCAUGGUCAGAGGAUAUAAUAAUCAGGAAGGCCUGCAUGUUAUCAGUCUUUGUCAUGUCUAAGAUGCUUUGGAGGCCCACAUCCUGUCAUGCUGUAAAUCCCAAGCCUCUCCCCCUGAGGGUUUCUUACAUUGGUUGGUUCACUGUACUACCCCAGCCUUGUUCUGCAGUCUUAAUUUAGCCCUUCUUUUAUUCUGAUGUAUGCAGUUUCUGCCUGAAGGUGGCACUAUGAGCCUCUACAUCAUGUGUUCACCCAGAGAGAAUGUCACAUUUUGGUUUUGGGUCUUAACACUUUUCCCACUUCAUGGUCCAACAGCACUAUAUUAUGUAACACAAAUUGGGUUUAAUUUAAUUUAUUGAUGUCCUGGUGGAACAAUAUUCAAUAUGGUCACCUUUUAAAUGCCCAUAAAUCAAAGCAAUAGUCAAUGCUACAAUGCCAUAAGAAUCAUGGCAGAGGGACAGUACUGUAGCAUCACAAGCUGCUGGGUUUUGGCGUACUAGCAGCUCAGACCCAAGCUCUCUUUCUUGUCCUGUAAACCCAUAGGGAAUGGAUGAAACCUACCUUUUUCUAAAGACAUCGUAUGAACCUCACAGACACUUUCAUUAAAAAAAGGGGGGAAAGAACUUAAGCUGGACGUUUUGGUGACUAAUUGUCUAAGAAGUGUUCUGCAGUUGGAAAAGGGUAUGACUGACUUUCAUUGGUUUUCCAUUGUGCCAUUUAUUUAAGUAAUACAAUAAAGAUUGUAAUUACA